UACGAAGUUCGACUGUCAAUCGGAAAAUAACGAUAAGCUUUUCAAUACACGCGACAAUCAAGCAAAUAUAUUAAAUUUAUAAUCGUUUUUUGACAAAUAGAUGAGAAUCUUUGUAAACCGAAUGAACAGUAGGAAUUGUACUCCUAAGAUGAAAAUCAGAUUCUAAUGGACAUGGAAUCUAAUCUCCAUAUAAUUUUUAUCAUUCAUUAACAGCCAUAAAUUACGAUACUCUUGACAUUAAAAAAAAACAAGAAUAAUAAGAAGAAUAGAAAAGAAUACUUAAUAAUUAUUAAGUUUUAAUUACAUUAGUACUGAAUUUGGAAAACCUCGAGUCAACUUGCCACGUCCUUUCGAGGAUGAGAAAACUAAUAUCGACGUAUAUGGACCUACUCUAUGAUGAGAACGUGCUCUCAUGGAGUAAACGUCUUUUGAGCUUAUCUGGUCUUUGGCCGAAUAAUCGGUCGGACGUUCGAUUUUUCAUCUACAUUACAUACAUCGUGAUCUUCACUUGGUUGGAGAUCGUGACCCUGCUGCAGAACAUGCACGACCUUGAAAAGACGCUGAAGAACAUCACGCUAUCGUUCCCGACCAUCUUGAUAGUGCUGAAGGCCGUCAUGUUUCGGUUGAACAUGCAUAUGACUCUACCGUUGCUGGCGGCCGUGAAGAAGGACGUGGAUCAAGGAUUGCACCGAUCACCGGAAGAGAGGCAAACGGUUGUCUGGUACAAUGUUGCCGCCACAUUGUUCUCCACUUCAUCGGCCUUGUCUUUAUUUUUCGUGCCCAUGUUGUUUUAUUCCAAGCCGAUCAUCGGCUGUCUUUUAUCGAAAUAUAUUAAUUGUUCUCUUCCCUACGAAUUACCGCUGAAGGUGAAUAACGUUUAUGAAGUGACGGAAAUGCGAAUGUAUGUAUUAUUCUGCAUUUAUUUGAUACCAGUAAGUAUGGUGCUAACAAUCGGUGCAACUGGUGCUGACAGUCUUCUGGUGACGUUAACGUUUCACCUCUGUAGUCAACUUUCGAUCUUAGCGCAACGGGUUAGAAAUAUCAGUACAGAUUCGAAAAUAUAUUAUCCAGAAAUGAGGAUACUCGUUGAACGUCACACCGAGCUUUUACGAUUGGCAGAGAUUUUGGCGGAGACGUUUAGUUCUCUGAUGUUUAUACAAACCAUAGGAUUAAUAUUCUCUUUAUGCAUCGUCGUCUAUCAGUUGCUCACGACAUCUGAGUCCGGCGAGGAUAUGAAUACCGUACAUUUUGUAAUUUAUUCUUGCGCUGUAAUAUUAUUGGCAUUUUGCUAUUGUUUCUUGGGGGAGUGUUUAAUUAAUGAGAGCAAUGAAAUACAGCUGGCUUGUUACUUUGUGAAUUGGUACAACUUGCCAGAAAAAUUUACGCGAUCCUUAACGUUUAUAAUAGCUCGAUCGCAGAAACCGUCAUACUUAACUGCUGGCAAAUUCUACGUAUUUUCGUUAGAAACAUUCGGCAUAAUAGUAAAAGCAUCGAUGGCGUACCUAUCUGUUUUGAAAAGUAUUAUUUAAAUGAUUACUAUUAUUAACUCUUACAUUCAUUAACUAAACGCGUAGAAAAAAAACGGCUGUUCUAUUUACUUCAUGUUACAAUAAAUGUUACACUGUUGACAAACAGGUAUUUAUUGAAGGAUAAUUAUUGGAAUGGGAAAAAACGAACAUUUCAACGAUGACAAGAUAGAAUGACAAUUGAAAUGUGAAAAUCAAUUUUCCUUCGCUGAUAAUAUUUCGCGUGUUCCAUCUAUU